AUGAAAUAAAAUAAAAGGGCGGCAUAAUAUAAAAAAAAGCCUUCACAAGAAUAGAAAUAGCUAAUUAUACUCCAACUUAUUCUAAAGAUCAAGACAAUUACAGAAUUAGUUAUGGAGUAUGAAUUAUCUAAAUCUACCAUUUAUUCUUAUUUGAAUGCUAAAGGCCCCAUGUAUCAACCAUUAGAAACAGCUAUCUAAGAAAAUAUGCGAAAAUGGUUGAACAUGAGCUUUUAACGUUUAAAUAGUUAUAAAUGUGAUCGUCUUGUUAGAAAGGAUAUUAUAUUUUACCUCUAAAUGGAAGAAUUUUUUUAGAAUUCGGAUAGUAAUCCUUUCUAAAGUUUAAUUCCCAUUUCUAAAAUGAAUUCCAAGAGGUUUAGACUAUUUUAGAAACUUCUUCAGUUUAGCUUAGCAUAUUUUGAAAGCUUAAAAACUAAUUAAGCUUCUUUAAUAUAAUAACCAAUAGAUUAAUCUAUUGUGAUAGAAAAUAACAAUCUUUAAGUUAAUUAAGAAUUAAUUACUUAAAAUAAUUAAAUGUAAGAGACUGAGACUUAUAUUGAAUAUGAAUCGUUAGAGGAAUUAAUGGAUAAGUUUAGAGAUCAUGACUCUUACUCAUUUUGUUGA